AUGUUAUUUUGGAAGCGUCUGCGGCGGAGCAAAGGCCUUGAGACGCCAGCGGCGGAUGCCGCUGUUGCCGCUACAGCAUCCUCAGCCGCAUCAACUUUGAGCCAGCGCAGACGUAUUGUGUUGCUUUUGCUGUUCGCUUUGAGCAGUCAGGCGGCUGUGAUAAAGGAUGUGGAGCAGAAGCCGCCUGAAGACGUCGCUGCUAACAAUGUGGUGUCCAAUGAGCAGUCAGAGCUGCCUAAGGUUGUGCCAGAGCUAGUCAAGCAGAAGCCACAGAUUGCUACAGCUACCAAGCAAGAGCAGCUCAAAGUUGUGCCAGCGCGAGUUGAUGUAAAGCCACAAGUUGCAUCCGUGGAGACGCCUCAAGAGCCGCCCAAAUUUGUACCCCAGGUGUUUCCCAAUGUUGUGCCAGCGCUAGUCGAUGUAAAGCCACAAGUUGCAUCCGUUGAGACACCUCAGGAGCCGCCCAAAUUUGUACCCCAGGAGUUGCCCAAAGUUGUGCCAGCAGUAGUGAAAGUAGCGUCGCCUCAGGAUCUGCCCAAAGUUGUGCCAGCAGUAGUCAAGGUAGAGUCGCCAAAAGUAGUCAAAGUUGUACCAACAGUAGACAAAGUAGAGUCUCCUCAGAAUCUACCCAAAGUUGUGCCAGCAGUAGUCAAAGUAGCGUCGCCUUAUGAGUUGCCCAACGUUGUGCCAGCAGUAGUCAAGGUAGAGUCUACUCAGGAGCUGUCCAAAGUAGCCAAGGCGCCACUGCAAGUGCCGAAGCAACCUGUGGAGCUGCCACACGCUGUGCAGUUCAAGCAGCCUAUCGCCAAGCCAGAGGGCAGCGAUAACAAAGUGAAGCCAGUCGAGGCCGAGCCCCGGGUGCAUGAUAAAUACUCACAGCAGCAGCAGCAACAUCCUGGGGAGUUCUACGUCAGUGAAAAUGAGAUCAAACUGCCAAAAAACGACAGCGACCAAGUUGUCCAUACCCAUGAGCAUCACUAUGAAUCUAUGAAGCCGUUUCUGCCGCUGCCGCCUUUCUUUGGCUUUCCAUCCGGCAAUGACAGCGGCUGGGGCGCCGAGCAGGGCUACUUUCCCUUUCCGCUGCUGCCCAUACCCUUCUGGAAGCCCGUGAGCACUGACUAUGCGCCCGUCAAUGCUUCUGCGCCCUAUCAUGAUCACAAGCAUGGCUCCCAUGACUACUAUGGCUCCUAUCCUGGCUACAAUCAGUCGGACUUUGAGCAGUUCUUCAAGCAGCCGCAUCCCUUCCUCUUCAAGCCAUUCAGCUAUUCUGGCUAUAACAGCAGCGACUCGGCCAACUAUUAUGCCAAGCCCGCUCAUGCGCAUUUUCCGUUCUUCAAGCCCGUAAGCUGGCAUAGCUCGGAUCCUACUGCUCAAUACCAUGGCAAGCCCAGUUAUAGUAGCGGCGGCGGCAGUAGCCAGAAAUAUGAUGGCUCUGGCCAGAAAUAUGACUCCAACUAUGAGUUCUAUGUUCCCGAGCAGCGCAGUGCAGCGGCUCAGCAGGAGCAGAAGCCUCAAUCGCUUAUACUCGUUGGUCACAUUUAUCUGCAUAUCAAAACGCCAGCUCCAGACACUGAAAUCCAAGCGGAGGGCAGCGGCUCUGCUAGCACUGACCACGUGCAUAAGGAUGGUCCUCGCAUCAGCGAGUCUUUGGAAAACUCUCAGCUGCUGUUGCAACCAAUUAUCUAUCCACAGCAAGCAAAUGGCCAGAAGCCGCGCAUACCCUUCGAUGCCAUUUACAGAAGUCUGCACUUUGUGCAUCCCUCAGUUCAGCAGCAGACUCAACGCUCCUCGCAAUCGGAUGAAGACAGCAACGUGCUCUUUGCUGUGGAAAUACCCAAGCCCAUCUAUCGCUUCUUUAAGUCCGUCUUUGGCGCAUUCGCUAAUUGA